AUGUUCCUCCACUGCAUGGAGGACAACUACUUCCACGCCGACGACGAACUGGCGGCUGCGCUGGUGCUCAUCUUUUCCUCGCGCGGACGUGGCCUCUACCUCCGUGACUCUGCCAUCGCCUACGGCAUGCGGGCUCCUCACCCCAAACGCUCAACCGCAUCAGAUGAUGCUGUCUCGCUGGUGCAGGCGCCAAACUUCUGCACGGACCUCCUCAGCGAGUUCAUGCUACUCUGGGGCAAAAGUAACAACACCUCCCGUCGCAUCUUCUUGUUGUAG